AUGCGUGAAUACUUUCACAGUCAUUGUGAAGGGCUGAUGUCUUGGUUGGAUGACCAGAGUAGUAAUUCGUUUGCAGCGUUUAUAGAAGGGUGGGCGUUAUACAGUGAAAAUCCAGUCAUGUCAGACGAUACAGAUGUAUACAAUGAUAAUCCAAUACAGAAAUAUGGCAUGUUCAAGUGGCAGGUAGGUCGUGAUAUUUUUUAAUGUUCUUCUUUCCCUUCUUGUUUUAAUGCGCGGGUAAUCUUCAAAUAGUAAGGAUGUGUAUUGGAUGGAGCACGUACACCGUAGAUUACAAGAUUUCUUUUGAAUCGUUCUUUGCAAGUCCUAUAAUCUUCUUAAUUCCAUCAUUCUCCAUUGUCUUUGUCUCUUUUCAGUUCAUUUAAAGAUCAGGCUUCUUUUGUAUCGACUUCCUUCAUCUCUCGCAUCAUUCUCCCUAACUCCAAUAUCUCAUCCACAAUCUCCUAAUUCCAUCACUCCAUCUUAUCUUUUGUCUUCCUCUGUCUUUUGUCUCUUUCCUUUAUUUAAAAUUCAGGCCUGCUUGUACAUCGUCUUCUUUCAUCUCUUCUAUCCUCCCCAAGUUCAAUAUCUCUUCCAUAUUAUUAUUUAUUUCAUCCCUCCAUCUUAUCAUUGCUCUUCCUCUGUAUCUCUUCCCUUUAAUUAAAAUUCAGGCCUACUUGUGUAUCUAUCCUCUUCCUUAAUCUCUUCCAUCCUCUCCAAGUCCAAUAUCUCUUCCAUAAUAUUCUUUAUUUCAUCCUUCCAUCUUAUCAUUUGUCUUCCUCUGUAUCUCUUCCCUUUAUUUAAAAUUCAGGCCUGCUUGUGUAUCGUUUUCGGUUUUCCUUCCCCCAUGUCGAAUAUCUCUUCCAUAAUCGUCUUAAUCCAUCACUUUAUCUUGCCUUUUGUCUGUUCUAAAUUUUCUAUCAUCCAUUCUAAUAAUUUUUUCUCUUCUUCCUUGAUGAUGCACGGCCAGUAACCAAAGUUUUGUAUGCAUGUAGGUUAUCGAGCAACUUGUAAAAACUUUCACUCUCCUUGUCCAAUGAAUACCAAAUUUUACAGGAGACUAACUAAACUUUCCAAAGUUCUUCGCAUUUAAAUACAUAGAAGCGUAAAUACAUGUGUGGUAAAUGUGAAACCUUAACUUUACAGAUUUGGCGAGCUUUAAGAUUAAUUAUCGACACUGGAUUACAUAGCAGAGGAAUGAAAAGGUUAGUGCUACUUUAUAUGUACGAUUUUUCCCAUUCAUUGUUCGUCCAAAUGUCCUACAAUAGAUUCCAAAUGUCCUACAUAUCGUUAACAUGACAUAUCAGUAACAUCACAUAACAUAACAUAACAUAACAUAACAUACAGUUGUAUAUCAAUUUUGAACGGAUAGAGCCAUCCAGUAUAAAGAAAGUUAGUUAUAAACGAUUAGCCUCACUAGAUAUUUAGGAAGAAUAGUAUGUAAUUGGUAAAGCCAUCCAUGCAGUAUAAAUAAAGUGUGGUUUGUUUAUAAUUAAGCCAAUUUUUCUUUCCCCGUAGAAACGAAGCAUUGGAACUCUUCGACAAAUUUGCCUGGGAUAAAACAGAUUUUGCAGUGAAGGAGCUCACACGUUAUCAAAGCUGCCCCGGUCAGGCUACGGCUUACAUGAUUGGUCGGUUAACGAUAAUGGAACUACGUGAGAAAACCAAGAGAGAAUUGGGCGAGAAAUUCAACUUAAAAGACUUCCACUAUCAAGUACUAUCGCAAGGGAACGCCCCGUUGUCGUUCUUGAGAAAAUACAUUGAGAAAUACAUAGAAUGUGUGAAGAACGAUUCGAACACUAGUCUAUGCCAAUCGAUUACUGGACCACAACAGAAAUCAACAGAGAAGUUCAACAAAGAGCAUGCAGCUCAUAAAAUGAGAUUAGCGCACAUGCACAUUAGAUCUCGUCACAGACAUUACCCGUGAAGUGUUGCCGGAAGAGUCUUUUCAAUCAUUGUUCCUAGGACUGGGAAAUCGCUAGAUAGUAUGUUUCAAAAUGUUCCGCGAGGAGACCGAGACUGUUAAAAUUUAUUUUUAUAAAAUAAACCGGUAAACCAAACCUUUCCCUAACCAGUAAAUGUCUAAUAAACAAUUUGAUUUCGCGGAAACCUUAUUUUAAAAUAUACUAUCCAGCCUUUAAGACCCGUUUACACUUGCAAUUUUUGCUGCGAUUUCUGGUGCGAUUUUCUUCUUCUGAUGUAUGUGAACGAGUCACAAGUGGAUGAAUUA